AUGUUAGAAAUUUACUAAGAUUUUGUUUAAAUAUUUGAUAAUUAGAAGUGCGCUAUGAGAGAGUAUUUUCUUGAGAAAAUCUAAUUUUUAAUUAGCAGACCUGAGACUAUAUAGUUGUUAAAGAAAUAAAAGGUACUUGCCUUACCUGAAUAAGGUUCCAAAAUUUAAGAAAAGAUGAGAUUUAGUGUUUAUAAAAAAACUCAGGCAAAUGAAUUGAAGAUUUAAUAAGAAUUAUAAAACAAUGAGGUAAAUCAAACUCACAAUAUGAAUCAACUGCUCCAAGAAUACGAUAAAGUGUAAUAAAAUAUUGAAAAAUAAAUUACAGAAUCUCUCAAUUUUUAAGACGAACUCCUUGAGAAAAGAAAAAUGACUAGAAGGAUGAAAACUUAAGUUAUGAUUAAAUCAAUUUCUUCAGGAAAUAUUGCUUAGUAAAAGCAAUAAGAUGAAGAUAAUGAUGAUUCACUUAUCUUAAAAAUGCAAAAUGAAAGUGCCUAAAGAAUUGAUUAAAUUGAUUUUGUGUUAAAUGAGGUUGACUAAUGA